AUGAAUAUCAGCCUCCGAUCCAGUCAGUCUUCGUACGGAGACCCCCGAUACCUCUCGACACAGACCGUCUCCGAUGUUCAGGCCCCUCAGGCUCCCAUAGCGCCCCUAGGAAAGACCCUUGUAGACGGCUAUCGGGAUGCAGUCGACUCUCAGCAUGAAGACCGGUCGCGAUACAAUCCGCUGAAUCCGGCUCACCCGCGGAGCUCAGCGCUUCUUAACACCAGCGACCCGGUCACAAUGUAUCUCCUAACUGAGACCGCCAUGGGCGACAGUAACAACUUCGAGAUUCUGUCAUUCGAGGAAGUGGAGGGCCUCAAGAAAGAGCGCGCAUUGUUGUCAACCCGAAUCGAGGGUACAAAGCGCAAACUCGCCCUGGAAACCAAACUACGCGAUGCCGCCCAAUCCAUCGGUCGACUCUACAGCCCCCCAGUCCCCGGAGCAGUUCUCGAUAAGAGCGACUCCGAACUAGCGAUGAGCCAGCGCAAAUGUGAAGAUUUAGCACAGGAAUUGUGGAAGCUGGAGCGGAGGUCCCAACAGAUCAACCAGCGCUUGCUGGAGCACACUGCGGGUGUCUUGCAGAUGACCCAUAAGGGACUGAAGAAAGCGCCCAAGAAUCUCCAUGCUGCCGCGGACGACCUUGAUGACGGCCACGACUUCGACGACCGCAGCCUUUACCGAACUCCGGAGCACUUGGACAACUAUGGAUUAAGUGGACGUAUACAGACGAGUGCCCCACCGAUUCCUUCCAAAGCUAUGCAGGGUAUGCAGAAGAGAUUGGAGGAUCUCACUGAGCGCAUGUGCGAUAUGAUGGCCCAGGCCACUCCUGAUGAAUUCGUUGAGCCACCGCCGCAGCCGGCACAGGACAAUUUCGCAACACUUGAGGCGCAGUUGGCGUAUCUGGAGAAUGGCCUACAUUCUCUUGCUUCGCGCCCGGCUGUUGCUAUUGCCGCAGGUGUUUCCAAUCCCCAGAGCGAAGGAGCGUGGAAAGAGCAGAUCACCGAUGUUAACACCCGAGUUCAGGCCAUUGUUGACCGUUUCGGUCUUACUCGGUCGCCCACACUCCCUCCACCUCCGAGUGCAGCUGAUGGCGAAGGCCUAGAGGAGCAGCUCUCCUACCUCCAGACCGGUAUCGAUGGCCUUGCAAGCCGGGUGGAUGGCUUGCUGGAGCAGAAGAGCAUUUUGACCACCCAGAUUCAGCAGCAGCGUGAGCUCAACUCCAAAUCGGAUGCGGAACGAGAUGCCCAUAUCGGCGACUUGACCGAGCAACUUUCCCAUGCUCGCAAGGACUUUGAGCUUUCCGAGCGCGAGGGCAAGGCCGCCCAGGACGAGCUCGCUGUGUUGAUAGAGCAGCUUGAGGCAAUGCGCCACGAUGGCUCUUCUCAGGAUGCGGCCAAGGCUUCCUUGGUGCAGGCCGAGGGAGAAAUUGCUCGCCUGCAGAGUGUCAUUGAAUCUAUGCACGCCGAGGCUGACACUCGUGCCGAGCAAGUGAGAGAAGCCGGUGAUCGUGCGGAUGAGAUGAAAGAAGCUCGCGAACGUGCUGAGCAACGCGUGGCUCAGAUUGAGGAGGCUCGUGAGCUCGCCGAACAAGAACUGGCUCAGCUCCAGGCCAAUGUCCAGCAGGUUCGUAACGAAUCGGAUAUGCACGUGCAGGUGGCUGUCAGCCAGCGAGCAGAGCUUGAGGCCAGCAUUCAGCAAAUUCGCGACGAGUCGGACAAGCGUCUACAGGAGGCAAUGAACCAAUGUGCAGAGCUCGAGGCCGGCGUCCAGCAAAUCCGUGCCGACUCUGACGAGCGUCUGCAGGAGGCGAUGAACCGGUGCGCGGAGCUCGAGGCUAUCAUCCAACAGAUUCGCAAUGAAACCGACCCGCGCUUAGAGGAGGCACACAGCCAGCGUGCACAUGCUGAGGAGAAUGCUACCCGUCUGCAGAGCGAGAUGACUGAGCUUGAGGGCGAAGUUGUGCGCAUCACAACUGAACUCACCAUGGUCAAGGCGGAGCUUGAUGGUGCCUACGGUACCCGAGCCCAGCGUGCAGCCGAGGUGGCUGGCAACCCCGAGAUUCAGAAGGAGAUCGAUGCACUGAACACACGGAACAUCGAGCUGACCGAGGAACUUGCUGAGCUCAAGAGCCAGCGAGGCGGUGGUGAUCUCCAGCAGCGCGCUGAUACUCUCGAGAAGGAGCUGCGCGAGACUCUUGACGACUAUGAGGCCAUGACGAAGGCCAGCAUUGAGUUCGAGAAGGAGCGCGAGCGCUUCGAGGGUGUUAUUGACACUAUGCGCGACCGCUGCGAGCAGCUGGAAACUCAGCUCAGCGAAGACCGUAUCAACUGGAUGAACCUCAACAGCCCGUCAUCCAUGGGCCGCGAUCCCUCGUCUGAGACCACAUCUACGAUGGUUCUCAAGAACGAGUUCAAGAAGAUGAUGCGUGAUACUCGUAACGAAAACAUGAAGAUCCUGAAGGUUAGUAAUUUUCUCAUUUUCUUUCCUCUCCUUGUUUCCCAUUUUAUCCCAAAAUUAACAUUUCUGGCACAGGCGGAACAAGAAGAACGUCGCAAGAUCGAAGGCUUGCUGCGAGUCCUACGAAAGGAGCACGCCCAAGUGACGGGUAGACCCAUGCCCAGCCCUUUGGGAACUCCCUUAUGA